AAAAUCUUCCCCAUAACGUCUCUCACCGUCAAACUCACUCACCCUACUCUCUCUCUCUCUCUCUCUCUCUCUCUCUGUUAAUCCCACACAGAGAGAUCGGAGACAACAUGGGUCGCAAUGCCUUGUUCUUCAUAGGCUUCCUUUGCAUUGCCAUCGCCGGAGUCGGAGGCCAAGCUCCCGCCACAUCACCCACCGCCACACCAGCUCCUCCAACCCCCACUACUCCACCUCCGGUCACCUCAUCUCCACCCCCAGCUGCCACUUCACCUCCCCCAGUUGCCGCUUCACCACCACCUGUGACCACAUCUCCACCACCAGCCACCACUCCUCCUCCAGUCAGUGCACCCCCGCCGGCCACCCCACCGCCAGUCAGUGCUCCCCCUCCCGCCACUCCACCACCCGCAACUCCUCCUCCGGCUACUCCACCACCAGCCACACCACCACCAGCAACUCCACCCCCAGCUCCUCUUGCAUCGCAGCCAGCUUCCGUCCCAGCUCCAUCUCCCAAAGUGAAAUCUCCGGCUUUGGCUCCAUCUCCUCUAGCUCUUUCACCAGGCCCACCAGCGCCUCCUGUCGGAGCCCCUGGUCCCAGCGGCAUCGAGGCAGCAUCUCCGGGCCCGUCUCAGUCGACUGAUCAGAGUGGAGUAGAGAAGAUGUGGACAAUGCAGAAGAUGGUUGGGAGCUUAUUGUUCGGAUGGGCUCUUCUCAGCUUGAUGCUUUAGAUCAAUCAUGGAGAUACCUCUCUGCAUCUCCAAGGAUUUUCUUUUUGGAUUCAUUCUUACUCUACCGGUUUUUACAUUUAUAUGAUAUGUUGGUUACCACUUGCCACUUUAGUCCAUUUUGUAUCUAAAUGGGAUUUGAUCGCCAAUGCUACUUGUAUCUGAGCUAUAUACAUUCUGUUGAAUUCUUUGGGAGGUUUUUGAGUGGCGCUUUGUAUUGUGACCAUGGAGGAAGCAACAGUUGUUUUGUACUGGCAUGGAUUGUCCAUCGGUAGUUACAUAUUGCUAUAUAUUUCUCUUAGUAAUUCUUU